AUGAAGGCGUAUGAAACCAAAUGGGGACAACUCCGUGAAGCCGUCCAAGAUGCAAGACCCGUUGGAACCUUUAAAACAAGUGUCACUGUUGUUUCUGGUCAGCUUGUUUACAGCGAUGUGGCAUCUCAAACAAUGUAUGUGUGGGUUGUGUUAGCAGUGGAAGUGUUAUGUGGAUGUUCCAUGUCCAUUGCCCAACCACCGACAGCCAUGUUCAAUAUUAUGGCUGCCACUAGUCAAAACUCUAUGGCUUCUACAGAUCCAAGCACGAACAUCAUCCGACAAAAUGGUCUGUGUGCCGACUUAUACAAGGGAAACUACAAGGAUGGAAACCCAGUAGUCUUGUGGACAUGUGGACAUUCAACCAAUCAAUUGUGGAUAUCGGAAUCAGACGAUAAUACAAUUCGAUGCAACGGAAAAUGCUUAACCACUUUUGGAUACUUCUCCCAAGCCGAUGUGAUAAUCUAUGAUUGUGACAAGGCUGACUCUGAUGCCACCAAAUGGGAAAUCCUCAGUGGUGGAACUAUAAGAAAUAUUAAAUCCGGGCAGGUCUUGACGGGAUUUCAAUUUACUCCGGGGCUUAGAACUAAACUAUAA